AGGUGAAACACUCGCAUGUCGAUAAUCCUGUGUGUUCAGAGGCGGUUCAGCCUCUGCCAGAGUUCAUCGACCCUGAAGACCAGCAGACCUUCAGAGGAUCAGAUCCACAUCACAGGAGCAAACCUGAGGAACAGCUGCAGAGAAGAACGUCCAGCAGUCACCUUAAAAAACUUCAAAUUCGAAGCCCCGAAGGUGUUCCAGGUGUGCGUGGGGACAUUGAGCAGCAUGGCGGUUUGCCUGCAGGUUGUGGGUCUGCUUCUGGGCGUGGUGUCCUGGUGUCUGCAGUCCAGCUGUACCUCUUCUCAGGCGUGGAAGGUGAGCAGUCAAGCGGAGGCGAUCAGCACCAGUCAGUGGCUGUUUGAAGGUCUGUGGAUGAGCUGUGCUACCAACUCGAUGGGGUCCCUCCAGUGCAGCAAGUUCAAGACGGUGCUGGGACUACCAGCUUACCUGCAUGCCUGCAGGGCUCUGAUGAUCCUGUCCCUGCUGGUUGGCCUGGCCUCCAUCAUCGCUUCUGUGCUGGGACUCAAGUGCACCAAGAUCGGCAGAACCUCAGAGUACGUCAAAGACCAGAUCGCCCUGACUGGAGGAAUCCUGUUCAUCCUGUCUGGUGUCUUCACGCUGAUCGCAGUCUCCUGGUACACUGCCAGAGUCAUCCAGGAGUUCAACAACCUGCAGUAUGGAGGAGUCAGGUUCGAGCUGGGUAAAGGUCUGUAUCUGGGCUGGGCGGCCUCCUGUCUGGCCAUACUGGGAGGAUCUAUGCUCUGCUGCUCCUACAGGAAGACUAUUCCCACCAACUCUGCACGGCAGUUUUCUUACAACUUCUCCACAACGAGCCGAGGACCGAACAUCUACAGAGCAGCUCCGGCGCCCGACGGCAGCAGCUCCAAAGCUUACGUCUAAACCUCCCCAGCACUGCUGCUUCCUGUCUGAUCUACUGCUGCAGGACGGACACUGACAGCCGAGCACAGCAGCAUCACAAGCUAAUUCUUAUAACUUUUUUUCUUGACGCAAAAUUAAAUGUGUGUUUUUUAACUAAAGGAAUUUUAUUGCGAAGAUUUAUUUAAUUUUUGCCAAAGUCUUUGUGAACUUUCCAAACCUUCCUGCCUGCUUUAACUGAGGAUUAUCUGUUUGUGAACUGUUUUAUUUUAACAUGUUGUAAAUAAAUGUUUCCCGAAUCUGUA